GUGGUCAAACCCAGGGUGAUGCGCGUGUAGGCUACCGGCAUCGGAUAUCAUGCUGUACAAGUACACCUCUGUUUACCUUCGGGUAUCACCUGUCAAUAAAUCCAUUUCAUAAUCCCUAAGUGAUCAGUUUGCUCGUCACGCAGAGAGCGUCUUCAAAAAUGGCAGGAGUCGCAAAAAGGCCCUCCCAUGCGCGACUGUCAAAGACAGUGAUGGUGUACAGAAACGGCGACGGUUAUUUCCCGGGAAAUAGGUUUGUGAUCAAUCCACGUCAACUGGUAACAUUUGAUAGCUUUCUCAAUGCCGUGACCCGCGUGAUCGCCGCUCCUUUCGGUGCUGUCAGGAACGUAUAUACCCCCCAUGAAGGUCACCGGGUCUCCAGUUUUGAGACUCUGGAACAUGGAGAAAAAUACGUUGUUGGUGGAUCUGAACGCUUUAAAAAACUGGAUUACAUUAACAUUACAAUCAAGAAACCACAGCGGAAAACGACGGAAAUGAUUCAACCAGUGGUCCAUAGCACAAUCAAUGUGCCUGCUCGCUGGAGGAGAAUCUUGUAUGAGCCUUGCACCAUCAAUGUAUUUACCAACGGAGACAUCUUGGUGCCUGCUGUUCGAAUUCUCCUCCCAAAAUACACCCUCAUGAGCUGGGAUAGCGUCCUGGCCAUGGUGACCGAGAAAGUGCAUCUACACACUGGAGCUGUGCACAAACUAUGCAGGCUGGAUGGAACUCCCAUAACCAGUUCUAGGCAGUUAGAGAACAACCAGUACUAUGUUGGUGUGGGCAUGGAACGGUUCCGUCUGCUACCCUACUUCCACUGGGUGCCUAGGAAGAACAUCGUGCAAGAAGGCAGCAUGCAUGAUUUCCUUCCUCCUGCACCUAAGAAAGGAAAGAACAAAGGAGAUUUGUUUGCAGAUCCCAAGCGCUAUGGAAAUUCCUUGUUUUACGCGAAGCCGAACAAGAGGCCUGAAUGCUACUCUAGACAGAAGAGUGGAUUGUCUAAAACACAGCCCCUGCUCUCCUCUGGAGAGGGCAGUGUGUUCAGAGCGAAACAUUCACGGAUAGAGACAGCAGGAGCAGCGGAGGUGCAGGAGGAUAAACACAUGCAGGUGGUGCUGCCCAUUGAUAAGAUGGAAGCAAGUGUGGUUGAGGAGGAGCUAUGUGAGACGACCAAGCAUACAACGUGUCAGAGCAGAACCCUCACUCCUAGGUCAAAGGAGGAACCGCCUGCCUCGUGCGGGCGUCUCACCCGUAUCCUAGCGCCCAAUGAACACUUUUCUCUCCCACACAUAGACUCUGUCCCCCCGUCCUCACACGCCAGUGUAGCCUCCUCACCUCCAGCUCUGUCAGACUGACCGGAGGACAGUCCAGCCCUUUUCACAGGCACAGGGUUGCCAGAGCACCAGUCAGUGUGAGACCAUGACAGACCCCGUGAAUGUAUUUUAGUGUGGACUGUAGAUAAAAAAAGGAGAUCUUUCACCAGCAUUCCCAGAUUGGUUGUAUAGCUACUGGGGGAAAAACCGGCACACUAGCUAAAAUAAAAGAUAUAAGUACA